CUCUCUCUCUCUCAUACACAUAAACACACAUAUUUUGUAUAUGGAAGAACCUAUGAAAAUGAAGGCGGCAGCUAUACUAUUGGUGUUAUUUUGUGCUACCCUCCAAGUUGGUUCAUCUCUAAUAGAUGGAUUAUUGCCAAAUGGCAACUUCGAACAAGGCCCAAAAGAAUCACAAAUGAAGAACACAAGAGUGAUGGACCCUCACGCUAUACCCCACUGGGAACUAUCAGGUUAUGUGGAGUACAUAAAAUCAGGGCAAAUGCAAGGGGACAUGUUGCUUCCAGUCCCACAAGGUGAUUUUGCAGUUAGGCUUGGUGAAGAUGCCUCUCUCAAGACCAAAAUAAUGAAUGUCGCAAAGGGGACUUUCUACUCAUUGUCCUUUGUGUUUGCUAGGACUUGUGCACAAGAAGAGAGACUCAAUGUGUCAGUGUCACCAAGUACUGACCCCAAAGAUUGGGGAAUGUUGCCAUUGCAAACCAUGUAUAGUAGUGAUGGUUGGGAUACCUAUUCAUGGGGUUUCUUGGCUGAGUCCAAUGUGAUUGACAUUGUGCUGCAUAAUCCUGCACGUGAGAAAGACCCUGCUUGUGGUCCACUCAUUGAUUUUGUUGCUCUCAAGGCUUUGAAAAACCCCCAUAGACCAAAAGACAACAUGUUGAAGAAUGGGAACUUUGAGGAAGGUCCAUACAUCUUCCCUAACACAAACUGGGGUGUCCUAAUUCCUCCCAACAUAGAAGAUGAUCAUUGCCCGUUACCUGGAUGGAUGGUCGAGUCUCUCAAGGCCAUAAAGUACGUUGAUUCUGAUCACUUCACCGUUCCCGAGGGCAAACGAGCAGUCGAGCUAGUCGCGGGACGAGAAAGUUCAAUAGCACAAGAAGUAAUAACCCAAGCAGGAAAGAUUUAUGAUCUCAUAUUUUCAGUUGGAGAUGCUAACAAUUCUUGUGAAGGGUCUAUGCUUGUUGAGGCAUUUGCUGGCAAAGUUGCACUACAAGUUCCUUAUAUGUCCAAAGGCAAAGGUGGGUUCAAACGUGCCAAGCUUAGGUUCACAGCGAUGUCUCGACGAACCAGGGUCAGGUUCUUGAGCUCGUAUUAUCAUAUGAAGGGUGACAACUCUGGGUCCUUGUGUGGUCCAGUGGUCGAUGAUGUUAGGUUAGUCAGCGUUCGCAAUCCCCGCAUUCCAUAGGUCAAUUAAUUAAUGAGUUUACGUUCUAUGCACUGACAGUCAGUGUAUAUAACUUAAACUCUUAACUAAUUAAUGCAGGAACAACUAACCUGCGAUGUUAUGUAUGUCUCUUUUUCAUAUUAUAUAAUCAGUGUAAUAUUAUUAUAGUGCAAUUGUUGCUUUCAUAUAUAAUGUUACACGAGCAAGAGAUUUAAAUUA